CCUCAUUCAACCAUGGAUAGCUUAGAUCUGACCGAUUUCCACAUAAACAAACUAAGAUUCUUACAAAUCUUAACAUUUUAUGAAUAAAAAAGAGGAGAGAAACGAAAAGAAAAGGCAGCAGAAGAUUCGGCGCUACUAGAAGUUAGAGACUGUAUUACGAAAGUGGCAAAGAUUUUGAUCGACAAACAUGAAAGUGCUGAUAUGGAUGCAUGUAUGGAGAAGUUGGAAACAAUGGGAUGGGAAGAAAAAGAUGCAAAACAUCAAACGGCGCUUUUGCUUUUUGGUGAAAGUGCUGAUAUUACGAAAGUUUGGUUACGACUCAAGCCACAGAGUUGUGAGCUAGGGUUAAAAAUGCGGGAGCGAAGUACGGGUUAUUCUAAUAGGAUUUUGUUGAACUUGUUAUGCAUCCUUUUUGGAUAAGCUUUUGCUGAACUUGUUAUGCAUCCUUUUUGGAUAAGCUUUUGUUGAAACUAUUGUUAGGGAUUUCGUGGUUUUGUUGAACUUGUUGGAUGUUUUGCUUCAUAUGUUAUGGAUGUUUUUCUUCUUAUGUUACGGGUGUUUUACUUUUUAUGUUACGAAUGUUUUUCUUCUUAUGUUUAGAUUUUUUGCUUCAUAUGUUUGAAUUUUUAUCACAGGUUUCGUAUGGAUUCGGAUGAUGAGAUUUUAUUUUUCAUGCUUCUUUGUUGCCAUUUGGUAAUAAUAUGCUCAAAAAGGAAUGGAAGGAUAAGAGAUCUGAAUUCGGCAUUGACCGGUCAUGCAUACACACAAGAAUUGUUGCAUGGAUCUUCCACACAAUGUCUUGAGAUGAUGCGUCUUUCUCGUGAUGCAUUUGUACUAUUGUGCAACCAUUUUAAACAAAAAAAAUGGUUGCAAAGUAGUAGAUCAAUAAGCUUGGAAGAAAAGUUGGCUAUGUUUUUUAUGGUCAUAGGACAUAAUGAACGAUUUCGAAUGGUUAAACGGAGGUUUCAACACUCGACUGAAACGAUUCAUAGAUGUUUUCACGAGGUCUUAAAGGCAAUGAUGAAUUUCGCAAGAGAAGUUAUAGUUCCAACAUUUUCUAAUGCAAACUCCAAUACAUCAGAACGACAUAGAAAGUUAAAAGAAAUAUUUGCUGGAGCAAUAAGCGCGUUAGAUGGCACUCUUGUACAUGCAAUCGUGCCUGCUGAUCAACAAACUCGUUAUAGGGGAAGAGGAAAAGGUGAAUGCUUUCAAAAUGUACUAGCAAUUUGUGAUUUCGAUAUGAUAUUCACGUUCGUAUGGGCCGGAUGGGAGGGCAUUGCACAUGAUUCACGAGUUUUAAAAGAAGUAGCAUUUAACCGGACUUCCGGUUUUCCUUUCCCCCCAUCGGAUAAUUAUUACCUUUGUGACGCUGCAUACACCAACACUCGUGGAUUUAUGACUCCCUACCGUAAUACGAGGUAUUGGUUAGCCGAUUUUCGACGACAACGUGCGUUAACUAAGGAAGAAAAAUUCAAUCAUGCACACGCACAACUGAGAAAUGUUAUUGAGCGCUCAUAUGGUGUUUUGAAGGCAAGAUUCCCAAUCCUAAAGCAAAUGGCUCCAUUUUCUUUUCCAAUACAAAGAGACAUAGUGAUUGCUUGUUUCGCCGUCCAUAAUUUUAUAAGGAAAUGCAAUAUUCAUGAUCAAUUAUUUAUGGCAUAUGGCGAGAACACUUUGUUUUCCGAAAUACAAGGUGGAGAAAGUGAUGGGCAGUUCGUUCAAGACAUAGAAUGGGGUUCACAAGGCAUUGAGUAUAUGAAUACCUUACGUAACCAGAUUGCUAGUCAACUAUGGUCAAAUGGUUCAAAUUAAAAUUGUACGCAUAAUAUUAAUUUCUAUUUGGAUUGUAUUAUGUUUCCAUGAACUUUGAAGAAUUUAUGUGUAACUUGA